CAUGAAAUUGUUACCAUUAACAAAAGUUUUCAAUAUUUUGUGUUACAAUGUGGCCAGCGUAAUUAUAAUGAGCCAACUGGCAUGUUGUGGCAAUAACUGUGAACUAUUGGCCUUUAAGGAGUAUCUUCAAUUUCAAAAUUUAAAUCAGGCUAUUGUAGUCUAUGGUGGAAAGGAACGAAAAUCGUAUGAAAUGGCGAAGGAUCCAUUAUCUCAAUGUUUUCUUAAGUUUUUUAAUAUUAAUAAUUUAAACGCCAACACAGAUCUGUACAAAUUGUUUCGUGGAAAUUCUUAUCGUAUGGGUAUUUUUCUGAAACACACCACAGGAGAUGUUGCAAAGGAAAAAUUACUCUUCAAAGCAUCGGAAAAUUUUUCAUUUAACAACUCAAUAUCUUGGUUUGUCAUUAUGGAAAAUGAAUGCAAUAAGGAAGUCAAUUUUUUGGAAAAUAUUCAAAAUGCAUUUGGUAAUUUAAAUAUACUUCUCAAUGCUGACUUUACUGUGGUUUAUGAAACGAAGAAAUGUUUCUUCGAUUUGUACGAUAUUUAUAAAAUAUGUUAUAAAUGUAAUGAUGAUAAUCUGUUGGUGGAAUAUAAAGGAAAUUGGUCGAUGGAAAAUGGGUUGAUGGCUGAACAACGAUUUAAAAUCCCAUUUGUACUUCGAAGAAAUAAUUUUAGAAACUCGACGGUAAAUGUGGCAGCUGCUAUUCUCAACUAUUCUCCAAGCCUCAAUAUGACAAUGUCAGAAUAUUUGAAUGAUAACAAACAUUAUUUACAAAACGAUUUUAUGCAGAGGAAAACCUAUCAGUUAAUGGCUAUAACCCAGGAUGUGUAUAACUACAGUUUUCAACUACAUAUCAAAGAUGGCUGGGGAAUAUUUAAUAAUGGAACAUGGACCGGUGUCAUUGGUCUGAUGACCAACAAGGAUGUUGAAUUUAGUCUGUCCCCGUUACGUUACAUGAUCGAUCGCUUGCAUGUUGUCAGCUAUACUCCCGUGGUGCAUGUCGAAUUAGUACGCUUUCUUCUGCGCCAUCCGAAACGCACAAGCAUACGCAACAUCUUCUUCGAACCAUUGGCCGUCAAUGUGUGGUGGUGUGUCCUGGCCUUAAUUAUAAUCACGGGUAUUUUGUUGGGCAUACACAUUCACACGGAAUACCAACUCUACUGGAAAUUGAAAAUGCUACAACCACACGAACGUGUUGCAACGUUCUACCAACGUGGUCCCGAACAUAAGCUGGAUUUUGUUGUAUUGACCAUAUUGGAGACGGCAUUUAUGCAAGGCCCCGCACCUGAGCAGUUUCAUGCCAAUUCGACACGUUUGCUUUUGACUUCGGUAUCUGUAUUCGCCAUACUUCUGAUGCAAUUCUAUGGGGGAUACAUUGUGGGCACUCUGCUAUCGGAAACUCCACGUACAAUCACCACUCUAGAAGCCCUCUAUAAUAGCACUAUGGAGAUUGGAAUGGAAGAUGUUUCGUAUAACUAUGAUAUUUUCAAUCUUAGCCAAAAUCAGGUGGCACAGAAAAUUUUCAAGACUCGCAUUUGCAAGAAUGGCAAACGGAAUAUCGUGACUUUGGAGGAUGGAUUGCAGCGUAUAGCCAAGGGCGGGUUUGCCUUGCAUGUAUCACUUAAUAGGGCAUACCAGCUAUUGACAGAUAUGUUAACACAAUCACAAUUUUGUGAACUACAAGAGAUAACAUUUAACAACCCGUUUGUGACAGCCAUUGGCACGUCGAAGACAACACCCUAUUUGAAAUAUUUGAAGACAGCUGUUUUGAAGUUUCGUGAAUCUGGCGUUAUGCGAUAUAACGAACUUGUAUGGAAAUUACCAAAGAUCGAUUGUGCUGCUUUGGCCAAAGAUGAUGUGGAAGUUGAUUUGGAACACUUUGCUCCCGUCUGUGUAUUUUUAGCAUUUGCUAUUAUGAUAUCGAUAUGGAUUUUUAUGUUGGAACUAAUCUAUAAACGUAUGAAAUAUUUACUUCAUAUAGAUUACGAAGAAAUACGAGGUACUAUUCGUUCUUAUUUGCGUAAAUGA